CGUGGGUGUGUUCUUUCCAGCUAGCCGCUCCGGUUCAGUCUACUGAACUCAGUAGUUUGAAAAGUGUUUGAGAAGGACUCGACCGGGCGCGUUUUCCGUGGCGUUUUAAAGUAUUUAAAGUGGUUCCACGCUUCAUACGUUUAUUAGUUAUAUAUAGCCUAUUACAUAUUUAGCCAUAUACGGUAAAGUAAUUUUGGAAUUUGCCGACUGUUUCGUCUUUUAGGAAGCAAUGGUUAUACGGAGCGUCAGUGACUCGCGUUCACGUUUCGCAGCGUUGAUUCACUAACCCGUUUGACUUUUUCAUACAGUACUAUUUUUGCGCACAUAUAAAACCUGUUUUUUGGAUGUGUCAGAGUUUCUCUUCAAAUGUCGUGGACGAGCACCAUGAGUAGUGGAUACAGUAGUUUGGAAGAGGAUUCAGAGGAAUAUUUUUUCACUGCCAGAACUUCCCUGUUCAAAAAGCCUUCACUUAAACCCACGAACCUCAAGGAUGUGGAGAAAGGGAAAGAGCUGCGUACUCAUCUCACUUACGAGGACAUCAGACAGAAGGUCGAGCAGUACAACACACAGUCACGUGACCACUUUAAAAUGACACUGAAUACUAACGGCAUGUACACAGGCUUCAUCAAGGUGCAGUUGGACCUGCGGAGGCCCAUUACAGUGAAAGGAGGCGGGGCAGGAGGGGUCAAAGGUCAGGAGGCAUUUUACCUUCCGCGUGGCUCCAUAAACACAUUGCAUAUCAGCAGCACCAACACGGUGCGACAGGUGAUCGAAGCGCUGCUGAGAAAAUUCACCGUGGCCGACAACCCCGCCAAGUUCGCCUUGUUCAAACGCUUCAGCAGAGAAGACCAAGUGUACACCUGUAAGCUCUCAGAGGAAGAGCACCCUCUCUUCCUGCGUCUGGUGGCAGGACCCAGUACAGACACACUCAGCUUCGUCCUGAAGGAACAGCAAACUGGUGAAGUCAUGUGGGAUGCCUUUUCCAUCCCCGAACUGCAGAACUUCCUCCGCAUCUUGGAAAAAGAGGAACAGGACCAGAUUUGCUCGAUGACCAGACGCUACAAUGCCUACAGAGAGAAACUGGAGGAGGCCAUGAGAGCGACGGGCGGACCGGGAUAAAGCCAACAUGUUACGAGAAGGAACUGUAGCACUGCUGCCUGUAGUGGUCACUGUGUGUAAUGAACACUUAUUAGGCGUCACCUUGCCAAGCAGACAGACACCCAGUCUCAGAAACUCAGAGGAGAGCACUGAGCUCCCAGAAUGCACCUCGGGUGCCAUAUUUACCCAUCCACCCUCUUUCACACUUUCAGUUGUUUCUCAUGUUCUCUGUCCUUUUACCUCUUGUGAAAGAUGCAAACGUGAAAAUCAGAUCUGUUUUUUAUUUAAUUGUUGGAUGCUGUGGUUUGUACAUAUUUCGGUUUGUUUUAAUUUAUGUGGUUGAAUUUAUAAUUUUUUUAUUUUUUUUUUAUUUUACUAAAAGAGUCUUAUUUUAUUUCAAAUAUACUUGUUGACCAGAAACUGAGAAACUGGUGGGAUUGGGGAUUUAUUUUAUUUUAUUAUAUUUUAGAUUAAAUACAAAAUGACUCAUAGUGUGCCCUACCAAAGAUGGUGUCGAUGUGCUGUUGACAAAAUGAUAACCUGAGGGCCACAUGAGUUCAAACGGACAGGAAGCGCAUGUUUGUGAUAGAGAAGAUUGAAUGUGGUGAUGUAGGGACAGGAAAUGAGAUGUCAUAAACAUUGGUCGCUGAACGGAUGGCUUAAAUGCAAAUAAAAACCUUUUUAAAUCAGAGAAAAGGUAAGCAUUCUUAGGUGAUGUGCUGGAAUUGGAAAAUUCAGGAAGUUGGUGAAGGAGCAUAGAGGAUGUUGGAAAGUAUGCGGGAAGUGUCAUGCAGCGGUUUUGAAGCAGAUCUGACUGAUGUCGGUCGGAGUCAGAUGGUCUUAUUCAGUGAAUUAUGGGUCGUGAUGGCCUCUAGUUUAAGCAGAUCAUUAGCGAACAGGGCAUUUGCUGUUCACCUUUCGUCAUCAACCCUGGAAAAUGCGUUAGAGAAUAUCUUCAAGAUAAACAACUGAAUAUACAAGUAAAUGAAGAUUGUUUGUUUUGAAGCUACAGCCUGAAAUUAGUAGAUUUAAGCUAGGUUUUUUGGUGAAUAUAAUGUAUAAUCACACUGAUCUGAUUUACUGUACCAAAAGUUAAUUUCAUGUGCAUUUCUGCAUUGUAUGGAGAUGUAGCUGAAACUGUUACUGUUGUGAGGUACAGUAAAAUAAAUGCAGACAGUAGUGCUUUGUCACAGCACACAAGGUCGACAUUAAUGACGGUGUUUGAAAUGAUACUUGUGUAUCAGUAGGUGAUUUAAUAUGUAUACACAUUUAUAUUUCUGUAUGCUAGUGCUGCAUGACGGUUUUCUGAUUGGUACUGCAACAUUAUUGUCUAUUGUGACACAUGCAUAGCGAGGUAGCUGCACCUUGUGGUCAACCACUGUAACUACAUCUCUGCAGUCUUAUGUCUCACCUGUGUCAGUUCAUUCGAGUAUUUUAGACACAGAUUGUGUGCUUUUUAAAGAUUUAUUUCUUUAUUAUUAUUGGUUUUAUAACCUCUAACCAAAGAUCUAGAUAAAAUGCAUAGUUUAAUUUAAGUUUGAUGUAAAUUGCCUGGUGCAAUCAGUUUUACACCGCAAUAAACUGAGGUUAAAUUACAGUAUAUCUUGCCUGGUGGUUUUACCAUGGCAACUUAAUUUUAAACACUGGGGUGAAUAUAAAUUAGAGUAAUUAGUGUAAUUGUUGUGUGAAUAUAACGUCACGACAGUCUCAAUAUAUGCAAUCGAAGAGGAUUUUGCAGGGGAAUAAGACCAGUAAUCUUAUAAAUUAUUUUGGGGCACUUUAUGUUUUAAUUCAGGGAAUUAUUUUUAUUUUUGUUUUAUUGGUCUUCAUCAGAUGCCUAUUGUCUUCCACUGUUUUAAAACGGCAUUGCAUCUAGUGGAAGCUCAGUUGUUUUAUGGAAGUGUUUUUUAUUUUUUUAUUAAAGCUGUUUCAGUACUUGAUUUUAUUUUUCAUAAACAAGCUUUUGUUUGUAGAGUAAGACUGUGAAUGAAUGUUAAACUGUAUUCGUGUAGUAAAGGGGUGUGGAUGUGAGUAAACUGCUUCAGUAAUUUUGAGUAUACAUGCAUGUGUUAUAUUAAUUCAUGCAUAUUUUAUGGCUGUUUUAGGAAAUCACAGGCCAGAGCUGUUGAUCUUUCUGUUUAACAGCAUAGUUAGAGAUCGCUCACAAAACACACUCUGCAUUUGCCAAAAAAUCUCAUUUUGUUCCACUGUUGUAAGUUACAUGCAUAUUUUGGGGAUGUUUAUGAUAUAAGUUUCAUACAUAGAAGAAGGUGUCAAAAGUGGCAUACAUGGAUGAACAUUGUUUUUGAGAGGUUUGGACUAAAUAUGCAUUGUUAGAAUCCAAAUGAAUCCAGACGUCAUGCAUCUUUGACAAUGACAGAGGUUUUUUUGAGGGUUUGUAGUCACCUAUUGUGGCCUUUCUUGUUAAAGACCUGGUUUCUCUAAAUAAAACUUUAAAGAAAA